AUGCGUCUUCUAAGCAGCGUUGCCGCGCUCUCUUUUCUGCCCUUGAUCCACGCCCAAAGUGGCAAUGGAAUGACAACCGCCACUUCGUCAAGCUCAUCAUCGGCCUCCGCUCCCUCUGGAACCGGUACCGUCCACCGUGUUGACGUGGGUGAAGAUGGUCUCUCUUUCACCCCGGCGUCCCUGAACGUUCCCGUGGGUGACAAGAUUGAGUUUCACUUUUACCCGCCAGCACACUUGGUGGCCCAGUCCACUUUUGCAAACCCAUGCUCGCCAAUCAAGCAGGGUGGUUUCUACUCGGGAGUGGUUUCCACCUCUGGGAAAUCUGAGACCACCUUUACUGUGACAGUGAACAACACCGAUCCCAUCUGGUACUACUGUGGUGUGGGACAGCACUGUCAAGCCGGUAUGGUGGGAGUGAUCAAUCCUCCGUCCGGUGGAAAAGAGACCAUCGAAGCCUUCAAGAGCGCCGCUUCGCAAGUCCAAGACUCAUCGACCCCGGCGAACGCUUUCGGCGGUGUCCUCGGAACUUCUACGAAUCAGACAACUUCCAGCAGGACAACAGACAGCAUCAGCAACACUGCUACGAGCGCAUCCGCGACCAAGACAAGCGCUGGGGCAUCAUCGCCUUCGACGACGCCUAAUGCAGGCGUGUCGGUUCAGACUGUCGGUGGCAUGAGCUCUCUGGUGCUGCUGGGCGUGCUUUCUUGGAUCAUGGUCUAG